UCCAGUUUCCUAUGAAAGAGACAGUGACUGCUCCCUGCAUGUGUACCCAGGAUGAUACGCUGCUAAUGAGAGCAUGCUUUGUUGCAGGACUGUGGCUGGCCAUGGCCGUGCGCAGCUGGAGUGGUCCCCCGUUGCCUCCGGAGAUGUACCUGCAGAUAUUCCGGUGCCUCACACCUGAAGAGAAGGGGAGCGUGCGCGCCACGUGCCGGCUCUUCAAGCAGCUGAUAGACCAGCCUGCCUGCUGGCGGGACACCACGGUUAUUCUGAAAGGAAUCGCCGCAUACAGCCCAGGGUUUUGGGAGAUGCUGAAGAAGAGAAGGACGUGCUCCGUUGUGGUCCGCAAGGCGAAAGCGAAUCACUUGAGGAAGCUGCUUGGGUCGCUGCCCAGUCUCAGAGCCCUAGCUAUAGAUCCCAUCUCCGACGUGGGAGUUCUUGACUUGUUGACAGAGUUCAGGAAUGUGGAGAAGCUGGUUUUGAAAGUGGAUUUGAAUGCUCCUUCCAAGCUGUUAGUAGUCCACGACCUGAAGCAUCUCACUCACCUCACUGUGUGUGACCUGAAGAGACAUUGCAGAGAAUACCAGCUGCUGCUUGGGGUGUCUGCGCUCAAGAGCCUGCGCUCACUGAGCCUUCACUGUGACUGGGGGGACCCUGCUAUCAAACUGUUCCGCUUUGCUUUAUUCCACUUGCCCAGUCUCAAGGAGCUCUCUGUCAAAGGGAACCCCUUUUACAUGAAGCUGACCCCAGAUAGCUUUUCUCCACUGACCGGGGAUCAAUGUGACCGAUUUGGCCUUCCACACCCCUGCGUGUCACAGCUUCAGUUGGAAAAGCUGGAACUUCUCGACUGUGAGGAUGUGGUCCUGUGUGAAGAGUCCUUGAAUCAGCUGUCAUCCCUGCGCUGCCUCUUCGUUCACUUCACCUGUGGCGAGAGAGCGAGGCACUUCUCGAUUGGUCUGGAUUCUGUGUUCAGAAAGCUAACACACCUGACAGAGCUGCGGCAGAAAAGGGGUAGGCUCAUCUGCAAUUCCCUGCCAGCCCGCCUGGAAAGCCUGAGUUUGAACAGCGUGUUCAUUAAUCCUGCGGGUUUGAAGAGAUUGGCAUCGGCAGAACUCAAACACCUCCGGCUUGACCACUGCACGUACUGUGUCGAGGGCCUCGAGGACUUCCCACAGCUGUUCCCACACCUGAAGACUCUUAGUAUCCGACACUUCCAUAUGAAGAGAGAUGAAUUCGUGCAUUUGGCUAAGCUCAGGUAUCUGGAGAAGCUGGAUAUUGUCGAUGUUGGCAGCGUCCCCUCCAUCACUAGACAGCAGCUGGAGGAGUUGAUCCGUGGCUUUCGGAUCACGAUGGACAACAGGGUCCAGAUAGUGCAGCAGCCAGAGCUACCGGAGAGAGUCGCCUGUGACUGCAGCACACACUAGGGGACCUGCUUCUUGACAUCUCACCUGGCCAUGGAUGUGUGUGUAAUACCUGCAGCAAAGGGGAUGAUAAACCCACUGAGAUGAGCCACAGCUGGAUCUUAAUGGGAUCGUUCUGCAGCACGAUCCCCUGGAUUGUAUCCACCUCCUAUCCCUGAUUAUCCUGGGACCCUCCCUAAAAACAGCUGGUUGACAAAAUCCAGGGGAUACCCCGAUACUGUAAACUGCUCUUAUACAAUCCAGGAUGGGGUCGUCCUGGUGGGGUACAGGUUCAUCACGUUGACCCCAGAGUUGUUAUGGCAUAACUCUUAACUAAGGUUGCUGGGGCUUAUCGAGUGAAAAAGGGAUCAAACCAUGCUGCAGUGAUGUGAAAUCUGAUUAGUAAUGACCGCGACUUUCCAGUGUGUUGCAGGGUUCAGUGCAAGGUUGAGUGUAGGGUUCAGCGUACUUCACUGUAUCAAUACGCAGAGCGGUUCAGGGAGUUUGUUGGGAUUUUCCAAAGGUAGCUGAGGCUGAAGGGGGAGCAUCCUGAUUGGUUUAUGAAAGUUCUGAGGUUUCUAAUCGCAAGCGGUGCCUCUCUUACACUGGUAGUUUAUCAUCAGACCAAUGGCAAGGUUUUUGUGGUUGUAGAAGCCUCUUGCUUGUCCGAUGUUGAUGUACUUCACCAGUGUUACAAGCCUGCAUUGUUACUGAGAGACCCAGCAGCAGGGUGUUAAUAUCUUUAAUCUUUGUUACUGCACAGGAAGCUGCAGAAAUAUUCUGCCAGAUUAAGAAUACUGCUGUAUGCAAUUCCUGUUUGUACUGUAAAUGUAUACAUUGAUGUAAACAUUUCCAUUCAUAAAUAUUUAAACAUG